GGGGGCUCCCUCUCUUUCCUGUUUAAGAUGGCGGCAGUGAGGGCGUUGAGGAGCUACGGGCGGACUGCGGGGCGCCUGUGACAGUACUAAUAUACUAUCUUCAAUGGUUACCUAAUGUUAAAAUCAAAUGGAAUGCAUUCAUGAAACUUCAGAUUUAGUGAUAGUUCAGAGGUUUGAGGCUGCUGCUUGUGAUCAUCUAUUCAGAUCUGUGUUCACCAUAUUAGAUCAUGUAGCAGUGUUCGCUUUAUAAAGUCCAAAUACAUGAGCAUAUUUGACAAAUCUGCAUUCAAGUUUAGUCAUCAACACAGAUUGUUCAGAACAUCUGCUAUUUCAAAUGGCCAAAUUGUCCAGUUUAAGCUCUCUGAUAUUGGAGAAGGAAUUACAGAGGUGACUGUGAAAGAAUGGUAUGUAAAAGAAGGUGAUAGUGUGUCUCAGUUUGAUAGCAUCUGUGAAGUACAAAGUGAUAAAGCUUCUGUCACUAUCACUAGUCGUUAUGAUGGCAUCAUUAGAAAACUCCAUUAUAAUCUAGAUGAAAUUGCUUAUGUUGGAAAACCAUUAGUGGACAUAGAAACUGAUGCCCUGAAAGAUGUAGCCUCAGAAGAGGAUGUUGUUGAGACACCUGCUGUGUCUCAUGAAGAACACACACACCAAGAGAUAAAAGGCCACAAAACACUAGCAACCCCUGCAGUCCGUCGACUUGCCAUGGAAAACAAUAUUAAACUGAGUGAAGUUGUUGGAACAGGGAAAGAUAAUCGCAUCCUUAAAGAAGAUAUUCUCAAUUAUUUGGCCAAGCAGACGGGAGCUAUUUUACCUCCAUCACCAAAACCUGAAAUUAUCCCACCAUUACCAAAAUCGGAGACUGCACCAGCUGCUCCAAAGGACAAAGGAACUAAAAUUCCUAUACCCAUUUCCAAGCCCAUCGUGUUUGCAGGGAAAGAUAAAACUGAGGCUGUGACAGGCUUUCACAAGGCGAUGGUAAAGACCAUGACUGCUGCCCUGAAGAUUCCUCACUUUGGUUAUUGUGAUGAGAUUGACUUAACUCAGCUCGUUCAAUUGAGAGAAGAAUUGAAACCUCUAGCACAAGUUCGUGGAGUUAAACUCUCCUUUAUGCCUUUCUUCAUAAAGGCAGCUUCUCUGGGAUUAUUGCAUUAUCCUAUUCUUAAUGCGUCUGUGGAUGAAAACUGUCAAAAUAUCACAUACAAGGCUUCUCACAACAUUGGAGUUGCUAUGGACACAGAACAAGGCUUGAUUGUCCCUAAUGUGAAAAAUGUUCAGGUCUGUAGCGUGUUUGAGAUUGCUUCUGAAUUAAAUCGCCUUCUGACCUUGGGCUCUGCAGGCCAAUUGGGAACAAAUGACCUCACUGGGGGAACAUUCACUCUCUCCAACAUUGGCACAAUUGGUGGGACCUAUGCCAAACCAGUGAUACUACCUCCUGAAGUAGCUAUUGGUGCUCUUGGAAAGAUACAGGUUCUUCCCCGAUUUAAUGGUAAAGGGGAAGUAUUUGAAGCACAGAUAAUGAAUGUGAGCUGGUCAGCUGAUCAUAGAAUUAUUGAUGGAGCUACAAUGGCCCGUUUUUCUAACUUGUGGAAAUCUUAUUUGGAGAAGCCUGCUUCCAUGCUGCUAGAUCUUAAAUAAAGAAGACUAAUGCCAGAACACAUCCUUAAACUUUUGGGGAUUAAACUCAAUAAUUAUAAAAGCUAGCUAUGCUAGCAUAUACCCGUUAGUACUUUUCUUAUUAUAUUAUGUGGUUGAAAGGUCUCAAGAGCCUAUGUCAGUCGAUUGAUAACCUGUUCCAUUCUUUUCAGUUAAAAUGAGUAGUUCUGUAAUUUAUUCUAUGGGAGGCUGUCAUACUUAAUAGGUCAUGAUGUGACUUCAAAAUGUGAUGGGGGGAAGUAUUUAGUGCCUGACUGUGAUAAUAUGUGCUGACUGCCACUAAGCUGGCAUUACCGAAAGAUAGUUAUCUACAUGUCUGCAGUACUUCUAAACUGCUUAUUCUGGAUAGAAGGGAAGUUACAUCACAGUUAUUCCUGGUUGAAAACAGGAAUUUAUUUUAACAAAUCUAAUGGAAUAUUUCCAAGUUCCUGAAAGAAAUUAUGCAGAAAUAAUGUACAAAUAAAAUGUCUUUAUGAUUAUCUUUAA